CCCGGGCGGGGAGGACUGUGACCACCAUCAACACACCACCACCUUCACCACCAUCACCAUCAAGAUGGCGGCCGACCUCGGGCCACAGCUAGACCGACCCGCCGCCGUAGUUUGGUAGUAGUAUAUAAUAGUGACCUAGUAUAGUGCCGUGCAGCAGUGAUGUGAUGUGUGACGGCGGUCCGAAUGCCGAUGACGAUGCUGCAUCAUCAUCAUGAGCGUGGGGGGCCGUGUGGGGCCCGCGCCUCGCGCAACCGUCGUCACCGUCGGGCGGCUUAGCGGGCCCCCGUUAUCCUCGCGAUCGUCGCCGCACGCCGCAGCCACAGCAGCCGCAAACGCCGCCGCCGUCGUCGCCGUCGUCGUCGUCGUCGUCCUUAAUAUUAUUAUUAGCGUGAGGCGGUCGCCGCCGGCCGCGGUCCGAGCGGCGUCGCCGUCAUCUUCGUUGUGGUCGGCCGAAGGGGGCGGCAUAAGGAGCCGCGUGGGGGGGCACUCCGCCAGCCCGCGACGAUGCUCCCGGCUCCCGUAGCUGCCGACUACCGAGCCGCCACCGCGCCCUGCCCCACAGAAUGCCCCGGGCCCCGUCGGGCCUGUCGCCGCCUUUCUUCUUCCUCCUGAUGGCCGCCCUGGCGUCUAUCGCCAACACCACCGCCAAUAACAACAACAACAACAACCGGAACAACAGCACAGCCAACGCCGAGACCACCACAGCCACAGCCGCCGUCGACAACCACCAACCAAAGAGUUAUUACCACCAUCACAACAGUCACCGUUACUACUACUACCAAAAGCAACAAGAGCAACAACAGCAGAAACAAUUCGAAAUUGGUCCGUACCUUCGGGUCGGAGCAGCCACUAACUACAAUAACAUCAACAGAAGUAAAAGCAGAAACGGCAGAAUUAGUAGAAGCAGCAGCAUCAGCAGCAGUAGUCAGGUGAAGACGGAAAUCGUCGACGAGCAAUCGCCGUCGCCGUUGGAACAAAUUAACCCGUGGUUGUCGGCGUGCGACCUGCAGCCCGCGAGCGCGACGGACCUGCAGGGGGCGUGUACGACGGCGUCCGCGGGCCCCGGGUCGAAGUGUCCGCCGCCCUGCCCCGCCAACAGUACUACUCAGUGCCUUCAUUACUUGCAAGAAUCGCACAAAGAGAGGUUGUGCGGCGAGAUGAACCCCCAGCGCAGGCAGCGCGAGCUGCAGGGCCUGCGGAUGCGCCACUGCUGCGAGCACGCGGUCGACUCGGCGCUAGUUGACCCGCACCUCGAAGAUGCUGCCACGUGCCGACAACGGCUCGAAGCCCUCCUCGAGGUCGACGCGCUCGCCGCCCGCGUCUCCUGCGAAUUCGCCGAAAUACUCACCCGCUACGACUGCACGCAGACCUAUUCCAUCAAACAUCGAUGUGAAGACUGCAAGGAGGCGUAUCGAAGAUGGGUGUGCAGCUCGUUGGUGCCACACUUCACAAGUCCAGGGCACAGGGUGCGGCCGUGUCUCAACGUCUGUCAGAACGUGGAAAAGCAGUGCCCUUACAUGUUACCAGGGGACAGAGCCCCAGCACAUCCUACACAGUACGCCGGCGAACCGACCUUCCUCUGCCUCGAUCCAAAUAUACCAGAAUCGGGCGAGCAGAGGUCGAAGUCGUCGCAAGGAGACGAAGACUGCUGCUACACGCACUGCGGCACACCCGGCCGGGGCCUGUGCGCGAAAUGUGCGAAUGCGUCGUCGGUAUCGGCUUUGGGGGGCAUCGUGACGCCGGCCUGGGUGCAGUGCGCGUCCCCGGCGGCCCAGAGGACGCCGCCGUGCAGGGCCGCCUCGUCGGGGGCACAAACGACUCAUAACCGUAAAGUGGUGCACCCAUUGUGGACCGCAUGGAUUAUACUCAUUCACACGCAGACGAUUAUCGACUUGUUCAAAUGUUUGUUAGCCGUGUGCGCGACCAGUGUUAGGAGGAGGACAAUGUUAUUCGCCUUGAUGAUGACGAGAAGAAGAAGAAGAAGGAGGAGGCGCGAGAGAACGAGGCGACGCCGAACGCCAAAAAGGAGGAGAAGACGAAACGGGAAACCAACAACGUCUUCGUCGUGGUCAUAGAAUUAGGGGAAUUAGGCAAUAUGUGUUCUGUCCGCCCGCGAUCACGUCCUGGUCGACCGACGUGGUGCCCCAUAGCUCUAUUCGAAGUCCCUUUUAUUACGACCGGCAUUUAGUACUAAGCCCAAUUGACCGGAAAACACGUUGGACGAUAGCCAAUCCAAUCGAAUCCUUCAACACAAACACCACAGUUGAGAUUCCAAAUCAAAAUGAAAAAUCAUUUUAAGGAAAAACAAAUCACCCCAAAACUAAAUAAAUAAAUUAAUUAAAAAAUCGGUGAACCCGGCGAACAUUAAAUCCUAAAUUUACAACUUCAAAUAACAUACAAACCAAAAUACGCCAUUUACCGAAUACAAACAUUCGUGUCGGUGUAAUACAUUUGUCGUGUUAAUCAAUAUUUUAUAUUGAAUUACAUUACCACUCAUUCAUUUUGGUGAAAUACGUCGAAACAUGCUUUUAUUUAUAAAAGCAUUUUCUAAAUGGAUUCGAUUAGGUUGGUUGACGCAAAAAAAAAGUACGUAGUGAAAUGAGGCCUCAUCGAAGGUCGAUCAACCGAACGGGUGGACCAAUUAGAAGAAAAAAAUAUCUUCACGCACAUAGAAUAUGUUUAGGACUGCAAAAAUGCGAAUGGAAUCGACGGAACGCCGAUCUGAGCACGUCAAUUACUUGUAAUUUCCGAUUUUAAAAAUAAUAAUCGUUAAGAUAUCCCCGCAACACUCACAAAAAUACACCGAAUCACCAUCCAGUUUUUUAAAAAUAACAAAAAAAAAAUUUUAACGCGGCGUUCCGUCGAAAUCGCGUUCACCAAUUCGGCUGUUGCGAAGUUAAAAAAAAUAAAUUUCUGAGCGGCGACGAACACGAAAAAAAUAAAAAAAAUAAAAACGAACUUUCAAAAAGUGAACUAUAAUUGUUAACGUUUACGAAACGUCGAAAGGUUUGUUGACUUUUUCGGUACUAAACGACGACUAUGUUGCAAUAUUUUAUCGUGUGUGCAAAAUGGUUUUUCUUACAAAAAAAAGUAUAUUGUAGUGAUCCACGCGCCGAUCUGUGAGGUUUUUUACGGUGAGGUUAUAACAGUGAUAUAAUGUUUCUAAUCGACGAUAAAACGUAUGUCUUUUAAGCCGUACUCGUUGUGCUAUUUGCACAAAAUUAUUUUAUUUCAUUUACAUUGUUGAUUUUAUUUAAAGAACCUAAAAACGAUGGCAAAAUAUUUUUUAUCGUCGUUAUCAAAAAAAAAAAAGAUUGUAAUUGGUACUGAUGUCAGAGAUAUUAACAAUAUCAUUAAGAUUAUCAAUACAUAAAACAAUAAUUCCGAAAAAUUUUAAAAAUAAACAGCAAUAAAACAAGUUUUUUUAUUGAAACUACUAAUCACGAAUAUUUUUAUAUGUGACCGUCUAAAAGAAAACCGAUUAUUUUAAGAAACGAUAUCAUUUUAUAAAUUUCAUGAAAAAUUUCAAGUUUUGAAUUUGUAUGCAAGUCGCUAUGUUACAUCGAAAUUAUUUUAAAAUGUAAUGUGGUGAGAAAAAAUCUUUUCUGCUAUUAUCUAAUGAGUUGUUGUAGUAGUUAUAGUUUUGUUAUGUAAGAGCAGUUACAACACCCAAUAGACUGGGUGAACAAUGCACAUUGGGUCACAGGGUUUUUCCACCUGUUAAUAAACCAAAGAAUAAUCUGUUGCAGUAUAUGAUAACAAGAAUUGUUCUUUGAUCACAUACAUUUCUUGAAAAGUAACCCAGUUUUGUAUGUUUACAUUAUCAUUAAAAAUUCAUGAUCUAACUUUGCGUUUAUAAGUCUUCAUUUAAAACUUGAUGAUCUUAAGAUCUAAAAGCUAUAUCACAUUUCUAAUUGGACAUACCCCAUCUCCACAUUACUUGUAAUUUUUUCUUAAUGUCUUCAAUGAACAUCCUGAUGUGCUAAUUUUUGAAAAUCGUUCAUUAACGUUCUAUUUAUUUGCUAUACAUUAAACUUGCAAUUGCUAUUGCAACCUUAAAUUUAUCAUUAUUAUUAAUGAUAUGUUGCUCUAAAAAUCAUUUUAACAACAUUAAAAUCUAAUUGAGUUCAUAUUUCACUAAGAUUCAGAUGAUGGGCUGGCAAAAAUAAUACUUAGACUAAUCUAUGAAAAUAUCUCGUGAGAUUCAAGCUUUCUUGUCCCACUUUCAAGAACCUGACGCAGUGUCUCUCAUUGAUCCUGAGACAUUGCUCCAUAACAUCUCUAUUUUUUUUCAAAUUUAAAACCAGAAGUUGAGCGUUCUUCCCGAGAAAGCAAUGUUCAUGCUGAUAAAGUCGUCUCAGUAAUGUUGAAAAUUGAGUCCGGAGAAUAGUCGUGUUCUACUUAACCUAAAACUCCUUGGAAAAAAGAGCUGCCAUAACACCUACUCUUCAUCACAUACCUUUCUGCCAGUUACUCCAUCAGUUUACCAUAAAAAUCCAAAAAAUUAAUUAAACCUAGUAGGAGUUAGUACUAAUAACUCCUUAGCGAACUUCUUCAAAGAUAGUAGAUGUUUGCUCUUUGAAAAUCAUUUUUGUUUAUAACGAAAUCGUUGAUUGCUUUUAAGUUUAGUAUCAGGAAAAAAUCAUCAGUGACCACUAUGUUGUUUCCAGCUACAGUUUUGUGGUUAUAAAAUAGGAAAUGAUGAAUCUGUGGUAUUCUAAUUUUCAUAGAAAUUAUCUAUUUUAUCAUCAUAAUACACUGAUUAACUCACAAAUUCUUAAAUUAUUUGGGAACAUAAUAACCUUAUUAUAAAUUAUUUAUUUAGAGGCCUAGGCUUAACACUUUUAUUUUCUGUUGGCAGUUAAUAAAUAAAUGUUGUUGGCAUAAUUCUUCUGUGUCAGAGUAAAAAAUGUGAUAUCCUGAUCGCAUGUUCAAAUAUCUGCAGUUUUUAUCGAUGUUAUACCGAUUGCAGGCUUAAAUUAAGCUAAAUCUGCCAAACACAUGAAUUUCGCGUUAUUUUAAUGUUACAAACAACUUGUCAAACAAUCAAAGCUGUUUCUGUACAACAGUUUAAGAUUAAGAAGAGUGUUUUGAUUUAAGCACUUCCUUCUUAUUCAUAAGUACAAAAAAUAUACAUAUAUACUUGAAAUUUAGGAGUUUCUUUGACAUAAAAGAAUUUCUGUUUAGAUCUUUUACGUUUUUAUAAUGACAAUAUGUUCUUUGUUUAAAAACAUCAAUUCUGAUAAAAUGAUUGAUGUCGUUUUUGGGCUAGAUUUCUAAUAGUUCUGCUUAUCAUACUCAAACCUUUUUUAUACCAAUGAAUAUAUUUUUGUACCUACGCAUGGCAAUUUCAUGAUUUUCUCAUCUUACAAUUGUUGAAAGCACUAUAUCGUAUUCUAGUUUCAUGAUUUCAGCAUGUAUUGAGCAGCAAGUCCUCAUUGAGUUCGUUGGGCUCCUUCCAAAAUUCAUUCUCGCCACCAGUCAUUCACACUAACAUGCCUACAGAGUUCCGGAAAGGGUAGGAUAUCUCUCAGAAGCACUCAUUCUGAGUCCGGCCAAAGAGGGAUAGACAUGCAACAUGUGUUCUAUUGUGUUCAUUUAACUUGGAAAUUCAAUAAAAACAGAAAUCAAUAUCUUAUUAUUGAAGGAUAUUUUAGACAUUUUUUUUUGUAAGAUAUUAACUCGUGCUGCAGUUCAAAAGUAUAACAGUUGACUUGACAUACAUAACAGUUUUUAUACAUCAGCAGGAAUGGUUAUUCAGAUAAGAUAUAAAAAUUUACUUAUAGUUGAUUGUUGGUUUUUGGUUUAGUUCCUUUCUUACUUUUCUGUUUCUAAUUAUAUCUCUUCUGGGCUUUUUCUGGGCACAUCUUUUUUUCUUUCAGGUACAAGUAUUCUUGAUGUAAUCUUUUUAAUCGUUUUCCAUGAUAUUUACCAGAGUAGAAGAAGGUUCUUUCAUAAUAUUUCUCUUUGACCUAUUAUAUAGUGUUGAUUUUCAUCUCUUUUGCUUCUAAUUUUUUUUGCUAGAUGGUUAUAUAUCGUUUUCACGUUGAUGCGUUACUGGUUAAGUAGCUGAUUUAAGGUCUUGGAUCCUGCACGAAUUGAGAACAUUAUCGUGAUAAUGUUCCUCUAGUUUCGUUUUUGAUUUUUUCGUUUCGCGAUUCUCGGUACAAGGGAAAAAGGUUUUUGAUGAUGCUCUUAUUCAUACCUAUCACCUUGGGGAUGGUUUAUACUUCUUCAAGUGGUGUCCAAAUAUGAUGUUGUAGUACUUGGUCGAAUGCAGCUUUAUGAUUUAGAAAGACCAAGAAUAUUUCUUUUUUAUUCAUAAUUUUGUUUUCCAUUAUGUUUAUCAACGUUGUUAUCUCUAACAGCUUUUCCGUUUCAUUUUGAUUUUAGAGCUUGCUUUAUUUCUCGUUUUUCCUUUUCUUUGCGUUCUUUGCCUUGAUACAUAUUGUAAUAGUUUGCCAAACUUUUAGCACUUAUUUGGUCUCUCAUCGCUUUAUUUUUCUUCUAACGUGUUACCAUUAGUCAUUAGGCGACUACUUAGUAGCAUGUUUUUAAUUCAAAUCUAUGUUUCCAGUUAUAAACCUGGUUCAAGAAAAUUCAUGGUUGAUUCGUGGUUUUACAAACAAGAUGGAACGCUGUUACUGCAUUUGAUAACACUGGACCUACAUUGUCAAAACAUUAUCUUCAGAUUAAUAAGUGCUCAAUCAUACUAAUAUCAUUGCUAAAUUACAGAUGUUGUCUACUUUAAAAAUGUGUGGCAAUGACAUCUAUUUAAACGCUGUUUGAUUAACUCAUGAAGCGUGGUCUUUAUGCCAACUCUUCCUAAAAUGAUAGUUGAUCAGACCUAGCUGUAAAAUCUUAUUGCAAAUUUCAAUUAUCUUGGUUUACUCAUUUAAGCAACCAAAUCCAAUCGCCAUUAGCUUAAUUACAAAGAUUUACAAGUUUCUUUUUAAAACGAAAUAAAAGGCAGUAAGUAACAUUCUUUCAUGAUAUUGCUGAUUAAUGUUUGAGCAUAGUAAUAAGUAUUUUAAUUUAAUCGUAUUCUAUUCGCGAUUGUUGUACGAUCUGUUUCAUAUUGCUCAACGUACUUGUACUUUUUUUAUUUCAUUACACAUAAAUAUCCAUGAAAGAGCAACUUGGCACAACUGAUUUUCAUCUCUUUUGCUUCUAAAUUUCUUUGCUGGAUGGUUAUAUCGUUUUGACGUUGAUGCGUUACUGGUUAAGUAGCUGAUUUAAGGUUUUGGAUCCUGCACGAAUUGAGAACAUUAUCGUGGUAGUGUUCAUCUAGUUUCGUUUUCGCUCCCUUAUUGAUUGAGCGAACCCAAGUGGAAGACAAAAAGAUUUUUGAUGAUUUAUUUAUUGCUCUUAUUUAUUUCUAUCACCUUGGGGAUGGUUUAUACUUCGUCAAGUGGUGUCCAAAUAUGUUGCUGUGGUACUUGGUCGAAUGCAGCUUUAUGAUUUAGGAAGACCAACAAUAUUUCUUUUUUAUUUCCGUUUCAUUUUGAUUUUAGAGCUUGUUUUAUUUCUCCUUGUUCCUUUUCUUUGCGUUGAUACAUAUUGUACUAGUUUUGCCAAACUUUUAGCACUUAUUUGAUCUCUCACCGCUUUAUUUUUCUUCUAACGUCUUACCAUUGGUCAUUAGGCGAGUAGGAGCUGUUUUUCAUUCAAAUCUAUGUUGUCAGUUAUAAACCUGGUUCAAGAAAAUUCAUGGUUAAUUCAUGGAUCUGCAGAUUAAUUAGUGCUCAAUCAUUGCUAAAUUACAGGUGUACUAGAGUUACUAUUUGAUUAAUACUUUACGCCAACUCUUUCUAAAAUGAUAGUUGAUCAGAUCUGUGUAUGUUAUAAUCCAUAUCAGUAUCUGAUUCUCACUAAUUGUGCAACUCUUUCAAUCAUUAAUAACUCGUUCGAUUAUAACAAGAAUAUUUGCGUGUCCUUUAUUUUUCAAAGAUUAUAAUUCUGGCUGUAAAAUCUUUUUGCAAAUUUCAAUUAUCUUGGUUUACUCAUUUAAGCAAGCCAGUCCAAUCGCAAUUAGCUUAAUUACUAAGAUUUCAGCGAAAUUCUUCCAGAGCGUUGUCAAUUAACAUAAUUGUCUCAACAUAGCUACGUUUCGGUGAUACAUGUUCCUUUUUAAAGCGAAAUAAAAGGCAGUAAGCAACAUUCUUUCAUGAUAUUGCCGAUUAAUCUCAAACACGUACUUGCACUUAUUUGAUUUUGACAUUUAGUAAUUAUUUCCUACUAAGCUCUACAAUAUGUUAGAAUCAAUAUCAUGUAUUGUAGAGUAUACAAAGCUAAUUAAGUUGGGAAUAUGUUUUACAUGAACAUUUGUACUGGUUUUAUUUAGUUAAUUUAUAUUUAAUCGAUUAUUUAAUUUCCCACUGAACAGUACGGUAUAUUAAUGCAUUGCAUCUUUUCGAUAGAAAAUGGCAAAAAUAGUCUAAAUCAGUGGUUGUUGUGAUAAGAAUUCAUAGAGUGAACGGUUUUUUUUUUCAUUUGGACGGUUAUAUAUAAUGAUAAUCUUAAGGAUAUUGUAAUAAUCAUAAGAAAUUGUGUUUAAGAAUCCAACUACCAUUAGUUACUACGACGUACGGCAUAAUAUAGCAUAUUAAAACGCAGAUCGACAAAAAAAAUAUUGUUAAAUGUGUCAUCCCGUAGAAAUAUGGAGAGUAGCCAGUGGUUUCUGAGAAAAAAUAACCAGUAGCGAUUAUUAAUUAUCUUCUAUAGGAAAAAAAUGAGUAAAAAAACAGAGCGAGAAAAGGGAGCAUGAGUACUUUGAACAAAGAGAAAACACCACACUUUUAGUUCAGUGUUUCUGACUGCCACCAAACCAAAAAAAAUAAAUAAAUAAAUAAUUAAAGAGUGCGUAGUGAUAUUAUAUUAUUAUUAAAAAAAUAACUAUAAUGAUAAAAAGGAAAAUAAGAGUCUCUAGUAAUUAUUUUAAAAAAUUGCGAAAUAUGUAAGGGUUAAGAAAGCUCCAGACGCACCCGAAACGGCACAAUUUCUUCAUAUCAAGCAGAAAAAACACUACCGUGUCGUUUACACCUGUUAAUUUCUUAAGGGUGACUUUUAAAUUGGCGAGAUUUAACGAUGUAAAUCGUGUCAUUUUACAAUUUUAAUCAUUUUAGAAC